CAAUUCUCACAAUCUUAUUUAUUCUAUAGGGGAAGAGAGAGAGAGAUAGAGAGAGGAAGCAUCUUCUUUCUUUUUCUUUCUCCUUUGGCAACUCAACCAAUACGCGUCCAGUUUCCAAUUCCAAGCCCCCCAUUCCCUCUAUUCUUCACAUUCUUUCUUCGUCUUUAAUAUCAACUCAAUCAUCUUCUUCUUAUUACCCCCCUCGAUUCUUUCUUCAUCUUCAAUACCAACUCCAUCAUCUUAUUAUUCUUAUUUCUUCUACCAAUUCAGAGAGAGAAAAAACAAGAUGGAAGCAGAGCAAAGGAGGAAGAGAAAGCGUGUGCUGGGGAGGCACCUUCAUAUAUCAUCAAGAUCAUUUUUUCUUUGCUUUUCCUUCUUCAUCUUCCUCUUCUUCUUGUCCUCUCACCAUCGCUUCACCAUCUUCUUCACCCCCUCCACCUUACGCCUCCCUCUUAAAGCCUCAUCCUUAUCCCUCUACUCCACCGCAAGCCACUCAAUUCUUGACCCUCUUCACCACACCACCACCACCACCUCCUUCACCCUCCAACACCGCAUCCUCUUCCCCGAUCACCUCCUCCUCCUCAUCCUCACCAACCAACAAAAAACCCAACCCCACGAACUAGAGUGCGUCUACUACACCCUCCUCACCAACGGUUCGGCUUCCGGUUCACCUGAACCGGUCCUUGAUGUUCGGGUUCAACCGGUCCUGUCCACGGACCGGUACGACGAAUCUCGAUCUAUCGCCAGGUGCCCAUUUCCCGGGGCGAACUACUCCGGCGCUGGAGCCGCCAAAGCCGUCGACUUGCGGCGGCGCGGCGAGGUUGGUCGCCGGGGUUUGGGUUUUUCGAUGAACCAAACGGUUGAAUCUUGGGACAGGGUGGCGUACGAGGCGACCCUGGAUGGCGACACCGUGGUGGUGUUCGUGAAAGGACUGAACCUCCGACCCCACAAGAUCUCGGAUCCGAGCCGUUUCCGAUGCCAUUUCGGGCUGAAGAGUUUCAAUAACGAAAGUGCCUUUUUGCUCACGACAAGAGUGGUUUCGGUGGCUCAAGAAGUUGUGAGGUGCGGGUUGCCGCAGAGCAUCAGGAACAACCCGUAUAAGGCUCGAGGGAUUCGGGUAACUGUGAGCUAUUUGGGUGGCAACGUGAGGCACCCGGUUCGUGCCCUUGUGCCUUCUGUGGCUAGAGUUGGGAUACCUGGUGGUGGAGGUGGUCCUAGAGAUCAGAGGAGGAAUAGAGUGAAGCAUGAACUGUGCGUGUGUACCAUGGUGUGGAACCAAGCUUCUGCGCUCAGGGAAUGGAUCAUGUACCAUGCCUGGCUUGGAGUUGAGCGUUGGUUUAUCUAUGAUAACAACAGUGAUGAUGAUAUUGAAAAGGUGAUUCAGGAUCUUGACCUUGAAGGUUAUAAUGUUAGUAGACAGGCCUGGCCUUGGAUUAAGACUCAAGAAGCAGGGUUUUCCCACUGUGCUUUGAGGGCUAGAGAGGAGUGCAAAUGGGUUGGGUUCUUUGAUGUUGACGAGUUCUUCUACUUCCCAAAUGAAUUUCAUCACAUGUUGGGGCAGAGUGUUCCUGGUGAGAAUUCUCUGAGAUCAAUGGUUGCAAAUUUCUCAUCUUCAGCAUCCAUUGCGGAGAUAAGAACAGCUUGUCAUAGCUUUGGGCCUUCUGGGUUGAACUCACACCCUAAAAAAGGGGUUACUAUAGGGUACACAUGCAGGCUUCAGAGUCCUGAGCGGCACAAAUCCAUUGUGCGGCCAGAUUUGCUUGAUAUCAGUCUUCUGAAUGUGGUGCACCAUUUUCAGCUGAGGGAGGGGUUCAAGUACCACAACAUGCCUGAAGGUUCUGCUAUAAUUAACCACUACAAGUACCAGGUAUGGGAGACCUUCAAAGCCAAGUUCUUCAGAAGGGUUGCUACCUAUGUUGUCGACUGGCAGGAGGACCAAAACAAAGGAUCAAAGGAUAGAGCACCGGGACUGGGAACCGAAGCCGUUCAGCCACCUAACUGGCGGCUACAGUUUUGUGAGGUUUGGGAUACUGGCCUGAAGAACUUCCUUCUGUCUUAUUUUGCUGAUCCUGCAACAGGUUUGAUGCCCUGGGAAAGGUCUUUUCUGUAAUGGAUACUAAUCAGGGUGCUAACGUCUUGGUAGCUGGUACCCCAUGUAUAGUAUGAUAGUCAUACUUGUUAGGCAUUCAUUCUUUUCAUUUUUUGGGGGGCUUUCUGUUCUGUUAUCGAAUUUUUGUUUUUGUUUUUUUUUUAAAUGAUUUUAUAGAUAUGAAACAAACACACAGCUUAUACAGAUGUAUAUUUGCAGCAAUAUGAAUGAAUUUCCCUUCUG